CUCCUCGCUCUCUCUCUCUCUCCGGCGAUCGGAAAGAAUGCAGCUCUGGAGAAGGGGAGCGCUGCAUUAAACAUGAUGAAGACCGAGACAUCAUCAGCAUCAGCAUCAGCAGCAUCCAGCCUGAGGAGCCCUUCUCCCCACCGCAAUGCCUAUGAAGCAGAGAUUCAGGCUCUGCAGCAAAGCAGCAGCCAGAGCCAACCCACCGCCAAUGGGGAGCAGAAGCCAGCAGCUGAGGAUGCCGAGGGGAGGAAGCAGAGCCGGGGCAAGAAGUACGGCUCCAAUGUCCACAGGAUCAAGAACAUGUUCCUGCAGAAGAUGGGCACCACCCCGAAUGAAGCCACUGGCAUCCCGGCCAAGGGCAAGGAGAGGUCCGUCCGCCUGUCCCUGCCCCGAGCCAGCAGCCUGAACGAGAACGUGGACCACAGUGCCCUCCUGAAGCUUGGCACCAGCGUCUCGGAGAGGGUGAGCCGCUUCGACACCAAGUCCGAGAGACCCUUUUCCAAGCUGCAGGAGACCAGGAAGCUCUUUGAGAAGAACAUCCAGGAGAAGAACGCCUCCAACCGGAUCUUGCUGAAGAAGGAAAGGGCUGGGCUCAAGGACAGCAAGUUGGAUGUGGUGGUCCGCUUCAACGGGAGCACCGAGUCACUGGACAGCCUGGAAACAGAGGCCAUUUCGCCCACGGUCAGCCAGCUCAGUGCAGUCUUUGAAAGCGGUGCCAAUCAGCGAAAAACCCUGGAGCGAGGGCCAAGGCAAGGUGCCUGCCCCCUCAGUUCCAAGCCGCUUUCUAGAAAGUCUAAAUUAGUUCUUAAAAACCAACAAGAUGCACUUAAGACAGAAAGUGGGAGUAAUAGUGAUGGUGACCUCCCCCUUGACCUGCCUGGGGGGCCCGGUCAAUUCAGAAAACCAUCUGAGGAACUACAGUCUGAUAAGUCGCUGAGUGGCUCACCAUCCAGAAGUAAUUUAGCCAGCAAGUUGGCAUCGCUUGUGAAACACGGAGACAGUUUGAAAGAAACGAGAUCAGCAUCAUCUGCACAAAGGUCACAAAAAAUCGAGGAGGUCAGAAAAAUUAGGCCAGUGGAGGUGGAAGACACUGUAGAGUCGGACCAGGAAUCCGGACCUACAGACGAUGGAAAAGAGAAUCCAGAAAUUGCUCUUCAGGACUCUGACAAUGGCAGUGGCCUCCAACAGGGAGAUGCUGUUUUAGAAACUUGUGAGGCUAAAUCAGUUGAGACCGAAGCACUGCUUCAUGAUGUUAAUUCAGAAAAUGGAGAUCUUCCCAAAGACUCUUUGGAUCAUUUUCAGCCACCGACUUUGGAAUCUGCAGAAGGGGCUGUGCACCAAGUAGAGGAGUCCUUGUCAUCUAAAGCAGAUUCCUUUGAAGAGGGAGAACAGGUUAAAAAUGACCUAGAUCUGUACGAUCAUUGCAAAAAAAAUGAGGAUGUUUCUGAGGCAGACAUGGUGGAUAUUAGCGCCUUUAGUGGGGUUGGUGAUGAAUCUGAAGGGAGUUGUUUGGAUGAUGAUGAGGACGAUGCAUUUGAACCGGAAAGUGGCUACUCAGAGAUCACUGGAUUAUCUGAUGAAGAGGAACCCAUGCCACAUAGAAAGAUUCGCUUUAGCACUGCAUCAAUUAAAGUGUUCACUACCUACUCCAAUGAAGACUAUGACAGACGAAAUGAUGAUGUGGAUCCUAUGGCAGCAUCAGCAGAAUAUGAACUGGAAAAACGUGUGGAAAGACUGGAUCUCUUUCCUGUGGAACUUGAAAAGGAUGGUGAUGGUCUGGGUAUCAGUAUCAUCGGAAUGGGAGCUGGAGCAGAUAUGGGAUUGGAAAAGCUGGGAAUAUUUGUGAAGACAGUAACUGAAGGGGGAGCUGCUCACAGGGAUGGCAGAAUCCAAGUGAAUGACCUAAUUGUGGAGGUUGAUGGAAUCAGCCUGGUUGGUGUGACCCAGAGCUUCGCAGCCUCGGUCCUUCGAAACACAAAAGGCACUGUCAGGUUUUUGAUUGGACGGGAGAAACCUGGAGAAACCAGUGAAGUGGCUCAGCUGAUUCGUCAAACCCUAGAACAGGAGAGACGGCAGAGGGAAAUGAUGGAACAACAUUAUGGGCAAUAUAUCGAUGAUGACGAGGAGACUGGAGAAUACGCGACAGAUGAAGAGGAGGAAGAGAUGAGCCCUAUGUUCGUUAACAAUGACAUGGCAAUUGAAGUUUUUGAUCUAGCAGAGAAUGAAGAUAUGCUUUCACCGGUAGAAAUGGAUCCUGAAAAGCUGGUGCAUAAGUUCAAAGAGCUUCAAAUAAAGCACGCUGUAACAGAAGCAGAGAUUCAGCAACUGAAAAGAAAGCUUCAUUCAACAGAGCAGGAAAAAAUGCAUUGGCGAAUGGAAAAGGCUCAGCUUGAACAGAGCGUUGAGGAAAACAAGGAGCGAAUGGAGAAGCUGGAGAGUUAUUGGAUAGAGGCCCAAACGCUUUGUCAAGCAGUGGAUGAGCAUCUGAAAGAGACGCAGGCUCAGUACCAGGCUUUAGAGAGAAAGUACAGCAAAGCAAAACGCUUGAUUAAAGAAUACCAACAGAAGGAAAUAGAAUUUCUGAAAAAAGAGACAGCUCAAAGGAGAACAUUAGAAGAAACUGAAAAUUCACAUAAAGAAGAGAUUGAGAAACUUCAGAGUAAGGUUACAGAACUGGAGACAAGUCUAGAGUCAAUGAAAAAUUCCAAUGCAAUUUAGAUACGAAGAUGACUUUCCAUCACCUGUACUUUAAACAAAACCUUCAUGUAGGAGCAACAGGCUUUGAAAAAUUGACAUUUUCCUGUUUGUUUUCCUCUGGAAGGUUUGUACAAUGCACUCAGUGCAAGGAAUUGUGUUUAAGGGAAGUUUUGCAUUGUUGUCUUACAUAUAGCAAUUUGCCAAGUCACUUUCAAACAGAUGGCCAAAUCAGAGCUGCUCAGUGAAGUAGGAAUGGGCUGCAAUGAACUGGUCUGCACUAGGAUUGGACUUGAUCCUCAAGCCACAGAACUAGUAAUUUCCCAUUCAGUUUAUUUAGUUUAUUGAAAAAAAAUCAAAAGGUUCUAACAAAUGAAUGUUCAUCGAAGGCAUCAUCAAUACAAAGGUAAAUUGCAAGGUUGCUGUUACUUACAAGUCAUUAGUGACUUAUUACUUUAAGAAUACAAAGAGGUGUAACCUGUUGUUAUGUCAAGAGUGAGGAUGCACAAGUUUUUUUUAACAACUGAAAUCAAAGGCAGGUUAAACCAAUAGUGUAUCUUUUUCUUGUUGCGUAUGUGAUUUCUUUUUGCAAAUCAAUGUAAACCAUAAUUAUUUUAUCUAUUCAUUUUAUUAUUUUUCAUUCUGUAACGAAAAACAUCAUAUUAAUAAUGAUAUUUUCACUUCCGUGAUGGUGUCAUUUUAUAUCUACAUAGUGUGACGGUACCAGUACCUGUCUUAAUGAAGAUUGUUAUUAGACAUAUAAUUUUUAAAAAUAAACCAAAUUUCAUUACUUUGUUACUGAACAAGUGAAUAUGAAGUGGAAUUAAACAACUUGUAUAGUAAACUUGGAAUGUAAAGUUGAAUAGUGGUCACUGUAAUGGACUAAUGAAGUAGAUGGUUGCUAAGUUAAAGAUACUGAAAAUAUUGCAUUAAUGGUAUUUGGCUGUUUUUUUAAUGUAUCUGCUUCCUUAUUCCAUGCUUAUCUUGGGUCUACCAAGCUUUUUCAUUCAUUCCUAUUAUUAUUCAUUGUGCCAUAUUUGGUAGAUCUUCCCACUUAUUGACAUUUCAUAUGUACAGAAUUGAAGAUGAGUGUUUGUGUAGAUGUAUAGCUGAACCCAUGUAAUUUGUAGUAUAAAAUAUAAGAAGAACAAAAAGAUGACAGAGCUGCACUGUAAAAAGGUUGUUACGUGGCUAGAUCAGUUUCUGGAGCUGUGUAUUACAGAAGCUAAAGAGUCUGAUAUCGUGAUUGAAUGAUCUCUCCACAGGGUGGAGGUUGGUAGUGCAAGGAACAUACAUAUCAAACCAUUACAGCAUAGAAUAUUUUUAGAACCGAAUUUAACUCACUAUACCCAUUUAUCAUCACAGGUUUAUACCCUAGAGAAAACCAAUCCUCCAACUUGCUUAUAAUGUGCUAAAUACCAAGUUCAAAUGGGCUGGAGGUAUCUCCAUAACCAGGACAAAAACAAAGGGCUUGAGUCACAUGGAAAGGGAAAAUACAUGUCUCUUCAGAGAGCUUGAUAACACUCAGACGUGUAAAAGAGUCCACAGUUCUGUUUCCUGCUUGUCACCUUAGCAGCAAGAGUGAAGAUACAUGUACACAUUAUAAUUAAUUUAACACUGGAGUGUGUACGUAUGGUGUGGAGGUAAUUGCUAUUGCUUGUAUGGGACGUUCCAUUUGUACAGCUGCUAUACCUAUCUAAAAUGCUAAACAGAUAGGUACUAUUCCAUCCUUUACUAGCACAUCUUGUCCCAAUCUCAGUACCAGCUACUGUGAUAUGCUGGACAUUUGGCUUGCCCAGCCUCCAAAAGUAUAAGCUGUGCAUUUGGGACCAUGACAUUUAGGCACUGCCUACAUGUUGUUAGCGCUACCAGAUGAGUUACCCAACAAAUAUCACCCAUAGUUGGGUUCAAUAUUAAUUAUUGAUAAUAAAACUGUUGAGUUCCUCCAUAAAAUGCUCAGCAAUCAAUCUUUUAAUAUUCAUCUUUUCAUAGCCUGAGGUGACGUCACUGAAUGCAACCAUGCUAGAAAGUAGUGUGUGAUAAUAAGAAACUUCUUGGAGGCUACAAGAUGGAUAAAAAUUGAAAUGACAUCCAAGCUAAAGUGUUUUUGUUGACUUAGACUGUGCAGAAAUUGUUACAAUCAAUUAAAUUUAAAGAAGUUAGUAUUUGACCAGAUAAUGAUUGUAUGUAACUAGCUGAAGAUGUAGGGGCCAAAAAUCAGAUGGCAAGCUCCAGUUCCCUUUAUUAUUGGGCAUGAAGGCAUGAGGCCUGCAAUACUACUGACAUACCCAAUGCAGGGGGCCUAUGAAAAGGGUGCCGUGAGUCUGAACACAAGCUGUGCACAAGCUUCACUGGGCCUCAAAAAGUAUCCAUUGGAUACUUUUAGAUACAUUAGAAAUCCACCCACUUGAAAAGAGCGCUGAAGGAAACCACCAUUUUUUAAAAAAUCUGUGUUGCCCUGACUAGAUGCCUUUCCCAGGCUGUGUCAGCUAGCCCUCGUGCCUGUUACCUUUGUCAACUUCCGUGUCCCUAAGCCACCUUCAUCCAUACUACAUUAUCGUCUAUGCAGGACAGUCCUUCACCAGCUGCUGGAGCCCAAAGUUCUUGCCCUGGCACUCCCAGCAUGUAAUAAGCAAGAUGUUCAGAGACCCAGAAGGUUAGGUAAAUGACCUAAUGUUAUCCAGCCAGCUCACCUCAAUGGGACUAUAAUAUCAGUCCCAGAAUGCUUGCUAUUCUAGUCCUCAAGGCCAAUUGAAACAUUAGAAUAAAAAGACAGCCAGUAUCUCUUGGGAUGUAGAGCAUUGGAGACCCACCAACAGCUCAAGUUCAAAUCAGUUUCCACUGUCAGGUGAUUGCUCUUAUCUGAAUGUUAUUACACUCAGAGAUUGAGUUUUCCAGGUGGUCAGCUGGACUGUUGGGUGAAGAACAUUGCGGUCUAUUAAUACUCCUCAGCGAAGGAAAGCUGGCAGCACUAGGUCUACACCAAUUUGCAUGGUCCUUCCGGAUAAAGAAGGGAACUUGCUGGUGGGUGCCAGAUUGGAGGUGGUUGGGCAGCAUUGGGGGGGGAGAGAAACAUUUUUCUUUUAGAAACGAAAAAUUUAUGAAGUGCUGUUGUUUAUGAAUUGUGAUUUCCCACCUGCAGUAAAGUGGUCAGCAAUACGUUAGAAGGGACUGUGUGGUGCAUUGUGAUCUCACAUUGUCCUUUGAAUCUUGCCCAGCCUGAUAGAAUGAAAAUCUCCUUUCCCUGCCUCUUAGGGGUUUAAAGUGAAAUGGCAUUAGGCAUUCUGAGCCCAUUUCUGGCUUUAUAGCAAUAAUUCACAUUAAAUUGCAAAUCACACUCAGCGAUGGUGAUGUACAAAAUGAGAACAUGGUUAAGGAUAUGAUAAUAACAGUGGAAAGGAAGCAUGACUCUGCAUCUUAUUCAUGUCCUGGAAAUGCUUCAUGUUAAUAAAGGGUGCAAAAAAGUAGUAAAAUAUCCCACAGGCAUUGACAUCCCUCACUUGAUGAGCACAAAAUGCCUCUUAAGUUUACUGGAUAUUGCAAUGAAAAUUCACAAUCAUUUGAAAUAGAGUUUUAGCAGCAAGUUACACGUCUAACUCAAUUCAGAUCCUUGUUUAGACCUGCCAAUUACUCCUUCAGUUGAAGGGAGAGGUAGAAAACACUGAGCCAUAUUGGGAUUUUGAUAAAUGCAUACACGGAUGUUCUUUGCUGCAGGUUGUUAGUUUAGAGGUUUCAGCAGCCGAAUGGUUUGCACAAGUCCUGUGCCCACUGUUUGAGAUUUUAUUGGGAUUGAUUGAUUUCACUUGUGUAUAUGUGAUAAUUGUAUUUGGUGAAAUGUAUACAAACUUCAGCAAAGUUAAAUUGUUUCUUUUAUGGCUUUUAACCAUGUUAGCUGAAUGUUAAUUAAAUUUCCUGUUAAAAGGUA